AUGAUAAAGCAUCUUAUAAUAGUACCAACAUUUCAUUAUUCCAAAGCAUAAAAAGGCCUAACAAGACACACACAAAAAAAACUUAGGCUAAAAAAAAUGACAACUCCUAAGCAAACGGAGCAACAACAACAAAUUGUAAAGAUGAAGAGCUCAGGGAUGAUGAGCUACAAUGGAAGCCCUAUGAUCGAUGAUCGAGACGAAGAAAUGACAUUAUCAGCAUUGUCUACAUUUCGAGCUAAGGAAGAAGAGAUAGAGAGGAAGAGAAAAGAAGUUUCUGAUAAGGUUCAAGCUCAAUUAGGACGCGUUGAGGAAGAAACUAAGCGUUUAGCUGAAAUACGCGAGAAGCUUGAAACAUUUGUUGAUCCAGCUGGGAAGGAAGUAACAAUUGUGAGGAAGAAGAUUGACUUAAUAAAUCGUGAAUUAAAGCCAAUGGGGCAGAACUGCCAGAGAAAGGAAAAGGAAUACAAGGAAGCACUUGAUGCAUUCAAUGCAAAAAGCAAGGAAAAAGCUCAGCUAGUUACCAAAUUAAUGGAGUUGGUAAGUGAAAGUGAAAAACUGAGGAUGAAGAAAUUGGAGGAGCUGAGCAAGCAUAUAGAAGCCUUGCACUAAUAUCACUUUUAUAUAGCCAAGAAUUUGAUGUAUUGAUCAAUUGAAACUCUCACAUUGGACUUUUUUAGUUUGUUAUAUCUUUUUUUAUUAUGUUUGUUGUACUUUUAAACCUCACUUUUUUGUUUUGGGUUUUAAGUUUGACAAGUCAGGUCUAAUUUGACAUCCUUAAAAAGGAUCAAUGAUGUUUGGUAAUUUUCUAAUUUGGAUUUCAGAUGUAAA